AUGGCUGUUUACUGCAGCCUUCUGGAAGCUCCUUCAAACCUGAAGGAGUCACUUGACUGGAUGGUGGCUGUCAGGAGAUGCAGCGCCAUACCCAUGCUCGCAAAGACUAUGUAUAUUGUACUAUUGCAUGGUACACAAAUCCUUCCAGAAUUAACAAACAUAAGGGAGGGAGGCGCGCCCACCAACGUGCGUUCGGAAGAUGCAACGUCAAAUUAUCAGGACAUAGCUGCUGGACACAAAACGAUUACCAAAGGGGCUCAUCGAUCUGGUCGUGAUGUGAUCACUAAACCAACUUCGUGGAUUGAUAAUCUUCUGAUCAAACUGCAUUUAAUGGAUGCAAGUGAAAAAGAGGUAAAGGUCAAUGAGUUAUACCGCCACCUGGCGAAAGCUUCGACGAGAAUUCAGUUGAUUUUGCUCAACCUCACGACGGACUCAACGUAUGUUGAAUCAUACGACAGGGAUGUGACUUGGGAGAAUUCUUGUGCCGAGAAUCCGUUGAAAUGCGCAGAAAUUUUCGUCUCCUUCCUCAUUCCUGUAUGCGAUGACCUCCAUAUGAUUCAGAGUGAGUGUAAUAAACGGCACAAUUUAGACAGCAAGCUUAAUGGUACUGGCCAGCGUUCCGUAGGUAAGAUGCUCGCAUCCAUGGGAUAUAACGUUAGAGACUUUAUCCCCGAAGGAACCUGUAGGGAUUUCCUCGAAUAUUACGAGGCACUCGAAGAACCCUUGGAUUUCUUAAACUCCAUUGUGCAUAAAUAUACGGUUGGCAAAAAGCGUUCUCGUAAACCUUCCGUUUCUUGA